AGUAGCAGACGUCUUUUGCAAACUCUAGUACGGCCAAUAUAUUUUUUUUUUAGACGGGGUGUUAGAAUUUGAUUGGUUUUGUUACCAAUUUUUCGAAUCAUGUGGUGAAAUGAUCAAGCGGUGACAUACCCGCCAUGAAGUUCAACAAACAGGAGCUGAGCAAUCUGGCCUGCCAGUCGUGCAAUCGGUUUAUUAAAGAAGGCCUUCUUGUUGUUUACGAAAAACAAGAUGGUGUUAUUUUCAAGCGCAAUGAGAACAGGAGUGAUGUUGAUAACAAGCCUAAAAAAUCCAACAGUAGGUCAUCCCUCCGCAAUCUUAGCUGUUAUGGAAGUUCUCUAAGUAGAGUUGCCACAGAACGUUGGUGCAGGCUACGAGGAAAUAUGCUUUUCUACUUCAAGUCCAAUGAAGCAUGGUCAGAACCCGCUGGUGUCAUAGUGCUUGAUAUUGGGAAUAUCCAAGUUGAUCCUGUUCCAUUGGAUGGAAAUUGGCCAUUUACUUUGGUUAUGGCAAGAGGUGGAGGAAACCAACGCUUAGCUGCAUGCUCUGAAGGUGAACGUGAUAGCUGGAUUGAAGUACUCCACAUGGCUUCAUACACCUACAUUCGAGCACAAGUUACAUCACUGCAGUUGCAAUUGCAAAAGCUAGUGGGAGGGCUGACAGUUAUUACAAAUAAUCCAGAAGCAGGAGAGGUAGCUCUUAUGGAGCUCGCCAUUGCCUGCGACAAUCUACGUUGUGACGGUUACGGAUUGCCACCGUCUCCUCAAGCUAUUCUCCAUUACCGUACUACAGAGUCAUUCCAUUGGCAACAAGUUGGACAGACAGAAAGCAUAGAAGAUUGCAGCAAUCCUAUAUUUUUGGUUACUCUGCCUCUCUGGAGCAGUAUGGGAAUGCAGCAUGACACAAAGUUACGCUUGACUGUGAACGAUGUUAAAGAAGCCAUGAGUAGAACCCAUGUCGUAGUGGGAGCUAGCGAGUUUACCUUGUCUUCUCUAUUGAAGGAGGGAGCGCUCAAACGGCGUCUCCCGUUAAUCAAUUCCAGUGGGGUGCAAGUUGGUUUCGUAACUGUAGCCGGUCAUACAGUCAUUGACUUGGGUGACACAAUGCGCCAUUCAAGUAAUCCUCAAUCACCCUUGGCACAAGAGGAUAAUUUAGUGUUGCAUCAGCACCGAAGAACUCAAUCUCUACCACCUCGAUUGCUUACGGAACUUCGUAGGCCGCCACAAGGCUGGAUUUCGGUCUAUUUUACUCAACCUAUUUCGCGCUGCUAUCGUUUUCAUUCAGGGUUGGGUGGGGAUAUUGUGGUCCAUGAAUCAAUGUUGGAAUCACGGCUAAAUAAUUUCAUUCCUGCUCAACUUUUAAAAUUGUGGAUUAAUCAAGAAAAAGAUCUCGUACGUGAGCUGGUUGCCCUAGGGGAAAUGGUGUCUUCUCCUUGGCAACAACGAUUACUUCAGCUUUUUGAGAGACAUUUCCGGCGUAUUGGAGACUACACCCAAGCCCUAGAAUCAGUCGAAUCGGCAACAUCAUUUUUCCGACCGAGUUCUCAAAAGGACAAGUCCACUUUACAGUACUGCCCAGUGAAUCUUCAUCUUCAGCGUUUUUGGGGACAGAAUAGCAGCCUACGAAAAGAGGGAACUUAUGACUGCCUGACUGUUGGAGCUUUCACCGCGAUACCCCAUGGGUUUAAAGGCGGUGGCUUACUCAAACUACUCCGAAAUUUCCAUGCCUCGUCAAUGCAAAUAGAUCAUGUUCUACCUGCUCGUGAAGCUGUACAAGCAGCCUGUCAAACACUUCGGCACAUUCAGGGUGCAGUCAAGCUCCUUUUAGGGGCCGGAUCCAUUCAGCAUGAUUUUUCAGCUGUUUUGAAAAUCGUAGAAUCACUUAUCAAAAGAGUCCGUUCACUUGCGACACUCCUGGAAGAGCCCUUUGUUGGAGAUGCGCUGAGUUUUUUCGAAAAUAAUAAGCUCACGAAUGCGACGCUUACCCCUGUCCUUGCCGAUUUCUCGUUACUUCCGUUACGCUCUAUGGCCGAGCGCCUAGUUCAUGAUACCAGCAGUAGUAGAAAAACCUUUUAUUCCGCCACAGAUGAACCUGAACCAGCUGAUCUCAUUCGUCUCAACCUUGAAGCGUCGUUGUUGGCGCUUGCAGGCAAAUUGCAUGUACUACUUAAGUUACAACCUCAGAUGAGUAACAACAACAGCCAACUGGAACAAGCCCCAGGCUUUGCUUCUCUUUUGGAAAAAUAUGAAGGAAGAUUGUACUCAGACUCUGUCGACAGCAUAAACCAAAAUGUUGAAGAUGAAAAUGCUACGGAGGAGAACCGUUCGUCUAAUACCGAACAUGCUGAGAAGUGGGUCGCUGACCUGUCUCCUUGCCUUUCGAAGCUUCUUUCAGCCGCCCAAACGUUGGUUAAAACUUUGCGACUCGUCCACGGCGUUCAGCGGCUUCAAGAAGAACUUCCUCGGUCAGCUACAGCUCAUUCUGUUCAGCAUCGUCGUGACGUUUGCUUUUCUCAAGCUCUUACGUCUGCGUUGACCAUACUUGUAGCGCGAUUAUGUUGCAAUCCUGUUGAUCCUGAACUCAUGGUCUUACUGAGCAACGCUGGCAUCCUUCUAAAUGUAGAGGGCCUUUUGACACCAUACCGCGCAGAGGCAGGCAUGUGGUCUGAUAUGGCAGUUGCUUUAGAAGAUCUAGCUGGUGUCAGAUUCCUCCUUAUCCCAGCAUCUGUGUCAUCAAGUAACACAAACUCAUCGCCAAAUUCAAUUAAACAGCCUAACUCAAUUCCUAAAGAAUAUUUACCUCAGAUUCAUGGUUGCAGAGAUGCUCUCCAAGUCAUGAUUCCGGUUCCUCCUACACUGUUUUCUACUUUACCGCCCAGUGCUUCUAGACUGGGUCUCAUAGAGUUUCAGUUGAUUCCUGUAUUUUUUAAUAUUGGUGUGAACGAACAAGCAUUAUUGGCUGACAAGUUCGGCGAUAUGUCGAUUGUCAGUGCGACCAACCUACAAAGCUUUGAGCGUUUAGACAUAUAUCAUCGCCAAUACCAGAAACUCAUGACAGAGCAUUUUCCGGGAAAGAGAUUAAAUGAUCCCAGGUUUUCUUUAUCAGACAUAUUGUCCCAGUUGCAAACUGAGUUGGCUUCCAAUAAAAUUCAGAAUAUUACAGUCCAUUCAUUGGCUGAGAUUGCGGUGCGCAGAAUGAGAGGUCUGAGAAUCACUUGUUGUAAAAGUGCAAAGGAUAGAACAGGGAUGGCCGUGACUUUGGAACAAACCAACAUCUUAUUAAACGACUUCGACCUGGCGACUGCCGAGUUUCAUAAAUCCCUGCUGUGCAUGAGAAGUCAAGGGACUCGGAGGGAAAAUACAAAGAAAAAUGUAGGCACCAAUAAGUUUGCCUUUAACCGCUUACAGCUAAUGGCUUUCCCAGAAUUGUACCGCCCUCCUCCUGGGACCUAUGGCAACGUGCAGUCUUAAAAAUAUGUUUAAUUCUUUUAUUUAAAGUAAUAUUUCCUUUUUGCGAAGAUGCCCCUGAUAUGCUGAACAAUCCUCUUCCAAGUAUUAGCUAUUCUAUGUAUGUAAAUUAGGCAUCCCAGUAUUAGUUCAGAUAUCUGCGGCAACUUUCAACGUUUUGGGUAAUUUCGAACACAGUUAAACAUCCAAUACUGCCAAAACCGAUAACUGCAGAUAUUUACUCUGUGGCAGUGCAUUAAAGAAGCGUGGGUGCAAUGGA